AAGAAUGUGACAGCAUAGAUUAUUGAUUGUAUAUUUGUAUAGUAUAGUAAGAUCGUUAAAUGUUUCCUCUCUGAAGUCGUGCGUUUACAAGGAAUUUAAUGGAAGAUCCACUUUUAUUGGGAGAUGAUCAGUUAAUCACUAGAAACCUCAAGUCAACGCCGACAUGGUGGAUGAAUUUUACGGCGGAGCUGAAGAACGUCAGCUCUAUGGCGGCGCCUAUGGCCACCGUGACAGUGUCUCAAUAUCUAUUGCCCGUGAUCUCGGUCAUGGUCGCCGGCCACUGCGGUGAACUCCAGCUGUCUGGUGUCACUCUUGCCACUGCUUUCGCAAACGUCUCCGGCUUCGGCAUCAUGUAUGGUUUAGUGGGUGCACUUGAAACUCUAUGUGGCCAAGCUUAUGGAGCAAAACAAUACACUAAAAUCGGAACUUACACUUUCUCUGCAAUAGUCUCAAACGUACCUAUAGUUGUUCUCAUAUCGAUUCUCUGGUUUUACAUGGACAAACUCUUUGUUUCACUUGGACAAGAUCCUGACAUCUCCAAGGUAGCUGGUUCUUACGCGGUUUGUCUUAUACCGGCAUUGUUAGCUCAAGCAGUGCAACAACCUUUGACUCGGUUUCUCCAGACUCAGGGUUUGGUUCUUCCUCUUCUCUACUGUGCCAUAACCACCCUUUUAUUCCAUAUACCAGUUUGUUUGAUUCUGGUUUACGCGUUUGGUCUUGGAAGCAAUGGAGCCGCCUUGGCUAUUGGUUUGUCUUACUGGUUUAAUGUCUUGAUUCUUGCUUUAUAUGUGAGAUUUUCAAGCGCUUGCGAGAAGACUCGCGGCUUUGUAUCCGAUGAUUUCGUGUUGAGUGUCAAGCAGUUUUUUCAGUAUGGGAUACCAUCAGCAGCAAUGACAACCAUAGAAUGGUCGUUGUUUGAGCUCCUUAUCUUAUCUUCAGGACUCCUCCCAAACCCGAAACUCGAGACCUCUGUUCUUUCCAUUUGUCUUACAACAUCAUCUCUCCACUGUGUCAUUCCAAUGGGUAUCGGGGCUGCUGGAAGCACACGGAUUUCAAACGAAUUGGGAGCGGGAAAUCCGGAGGUUGCUAGGCUGGCAGUGUUUGCCGGUAUUUUCCUUUGGUUCCUAGAGGCUACCAUUUGUAGCACACUUCUGUUCACUUGCAAAAAUAUUUUUGGCUACGCGUUCAGCAAUAGCAAAGAAGUUGUGGACUAUGUCACGGAGCUAUCUUCGCUGCUUUGUCUUUCAUUUAUGGUCGAUGGAUUUUCUUCAGUGCUUGAUGGGGUUGCUAGGGGAAGUGGGUGGCAAAAUAUUGGAGCUUGGGCAAAUGUGGUGGCUUACUAUCUCCUAGGAGCUCCUGUUGGAUUUUUCUUAGGAUUUUGGGGUCAUAUGAACGGCAAAGGGCUAUGGAUUGGUGUGAUCGUUGGGUCCACUGCUCAAGGGAUCAUACUAGCUAUAGUCACUGCUUGCCUGAGUUGGGAGGAGCAGGCUGCCAAGGCCAGAGAAAGAAUAGUUGGAAGAACAUUGGAGUGAAAAUCACACACUUUUAAACGUAACUGAUAUAGUUGUACUCCUUCCGUUUAGUAUACACGAAAUAUAGAAGAAUACAUGGUCACACAUGCCAAAUAUACACGAAUAAAUGUAAGUUUAAGGUUUUCACACACGUAUUAAAAAACAAAUAAAUUUAUUAGCUUAAACUUUGUCAAUAUAUUUUCUAUAAAGUUAUUGAUCAAUACAUUAAAUCCGUGGGAUAAAGCUGUAAUGUAUCAAACAAUUGCAUUGAAAAUAUAAAACAAUAUAUAUUUU